GACUCACCGAUAGCUGACGCAAGACGGCACAAGUGUGGAGAGCGUGUUCUUUGAGUGAAAGAAAUUGCUGGAAAAAAAUAAAUAAAUAACCGCAAAGGCUUUUGAGUUAUCGGAAGGCAAGAUGUCGGGAGAUGAGAUGAUAUUUGACCCCACAAUGACCAAGAAGAAGAAGAAAAAGAAGAAGCCGUUUAUGUUGGAGGAGGAUGGGGGAGAAGUGCCCAGUGAGGACAUGCAGCCUGUGGAGACCAAGGAGACGGAUCCUGAAGCUGGGGAGGAGCGGGAGCUGGAUCAUGAGGAAGAAGAGGCGAAGAGGAAAGAGCCCUCAGAUGAUCUUGAUGACUUAAAUUUUUUCAACCAGAAGAAAAAGAAAAAGAAGCCCAAGAAAAUAUUUGAUAAUGAUUUAGAAGAGGGAAUUAAGGAGCUCAAGAUUGAGGUAGACCAGCCCGAGCCAGCAGAAGAAGAAGAUUUGGACUUAAUGCUGCCUGCUAAAAAGAAGAAAUCUACAAAGGUGGACUUCAAAGAAGAGGGAGAGGCUCAAGACAACGAUGAGGCCCUGGAGGAUGACGACAGUAAAAACAGCGAUGGCAUCACAUUUGUCAGCCAGACUGGGCCUGCAUGGGCGGGGACGGAGAGAGACUACACGUAUGAUGAGCUGCUGACUCGCGUCUUCAACAUCAUGCGGGAGAAGAACCCCGACAUGGUGGCUGGAGAGAAGAGGAAAUUUGUGAUGAAACCACCCCAAGUGGUCCGAGUAGGCACCAAGAAGACAUCGUUCGUCAAUUUUACCGACAUCUGCAAGCUGUUGCAUCGUCAGCCAAAACACCUCUUGGCUUUCUUGUUGGCUGAACUUGGGACAAGUGGAUCCAUAGAUGGAAAUAACCAGCUUGUGAUCAAAGGAAGGUUUCAGCAGAAACAGAUAGAGAAUGUGUUGCGAAGAUACAUCAAGGAGUAUGUGACCUGUCACACCUGCCGCUCCCCGGACACCAUCUUGCAGAAGGACACACGGUUGUACUUCCUGCAGUGUGAAACGUGCCACUCCCGCUGCUCUGUAGCCAGCAUCAAAACUGGUUUCCAGGCCGUCACGGGCAAGAGGGCACAGCUCCGUGCCAAGGCCAACUGAGGACCCCGUGCUGGUGACCAGGACUGCAAUCGGUGCUGAUGGGACAAUUUUCUUAAGUGGAAGUGGGUUUGUUAUUGCUUCAGUGUUUAAAUUGUACACAGGAUGGCCACAUGAUACAUAAUGCAAUCCCAGACCUGCUAGAAUUCUGUUAGAUUUAAUUUUCAUCUCCUGAGCCUAUUUUCUUCUUAAGAGUGUAUUCAAUCAGCUUGAGACAUUUCUGCCUCUCAGAUUUCAGCAUCCAUGGUUUUAAUGCAAAAAAAAAAAAAAAAUUUGCGGGUAAACACGCUUCAGCAGAAACUACAGUUAACAUCUGAAGACUGUGUUAAUGUACCUUUUGUGUGUACCUGUCUGUACUAAUGGAAGCUAACACAAAAAUGCUUGGUCUGACUGACAGGGACUUCCUGGUAAAUCUACAUAAAAGCGGAGGAAACAGAAUUCAGGUUAAAACAUACCUGUUGUGAGUGAUCUCGCAUUCUUUACACACUAGAACGCGUGGUGUGUUUCUUCGGUUGGCUCCAAAAUACACCAGUCUAGUGACCUAAGCCACAA